AUGUUGUCAUUGGGUUUCAAGCUUCUCAAUAAACUCCAACACCUGUCUAUUCAAGAAUGUCCUGAGCUUGAGGAAAGAUGUAGAUGCGGUAGUGGUGAGGAUUGGUCAAAAAUAGCCCAUGUCCCGCAUGAGUACAUUGAAUCGCCUCAGGUCAGGCAGUCUAGCGAAGUGAGCACAUCGGGAAGCUCUUCUGUCCAAGCAUUUUCUCUAUAA